AUGGCAAAGCGUAAGAGAUGCAGGCAAAAAAGGAGAGCCCGAGGAAGAUUUCACCUGAAACAAAAGAGAGAUGCUGCAAAGCCCCGGGGCUCAGUUUGUCCUUCCCCAGGGUCACCAGUUGAUCUCCCUCUGAACCCAACACCUGUCCCAGGGGGCUCCCUCUGGCCAUCAGCCUUGCCCAGCAUAAAAGAUGUGGUAAAACCCUUGGAAUCAGCAGCAAAAAAUGUGGUAAAACCCUUGGAAUCAGCAGCAAAAAAUGUGAUAAAACCCUUGGAAUCAGCAGCAAAAAAUGUGAUAAAACCCUUGGAAUCAGCAGCAUCGUUUCUGUACUGGUGGGGCCAGAACAAAAUUGCACAGAGUUUUAAGGUGGUUAAAGACACCGUGUUUCCAUCACAAAUCUACUUAAGGGAACUUAAUGCUUUGAGAGAGCAGCUGGAAAAGUUGGAAAGUGAAUUUUCCAAGCUCCAAGAAACACUCCAGAUGAACGGAACUGCAGCUUUGUCUCCAGAAAAUCCUCUUUGCCAAAGGUGUCACAAACCAGUCCUGGGUGCUCCUGUACAGACACAGAUGGACCUGCUGGCAUCAGUGCCUGCUCCUCCUCCUCCUCCUCCUCCACCUCCUCCUCCCCCUCCUCCUCCACCACCACCACUGCCCCCACCAAAACUGCCUCCAGCACCUCUCCUCCUCAAACGGGGCACUGGCUCCAAAGCACUUCUGGCACCACCGGUGAAGAAGGACGGGCCGAUGCAGAUCACGCUCAAAGACCUCCUGAAUGUCAAGCUGAAGAAGACAAACAGCAACCUGAGAAUGGACAAGGCAGAAUCACCAGGGAAGCCACGCAGGGCAUUAAUUACAGUCUCAGAUCUACAGAGUAUUAGUUUGAGACCUAAAUCCAAGCCAUCAGCUCACGUCACAAAUUCCUUAAUUACUCCCCCUAAAAAUCAGAUUGAUCUUCGGAAACAUCUGAAGAAAGUCAAUAUACAAAGAAGUCCUGGUGGCACUCCUCUAAAUAAUAAAGAAAACAUUGAAUGUGGCUCUGGGUUGACACCAAUAAUGACACAGGCACUGCGACGCAAAUUCCAGAUGGCUCAUCCGAAGAGUCCCUCCCCUGCCCGGUUAAGUGCUGCAAACAGCUUUGAUGAAAAGUAAAAAGGAAAGUAGGUUUAUGGAACAAUGUAUUUGUCAUUUGUUGUCGGGAUUUGAAUUGAAUUUCCCUUUUGAAUCCCAUUUUUAUCACGCUCAGGCACAUGUAUUUGUAAGUGCACACAAGAACAGGAUAUUAUGAAACCCUGUUAAGCAGAUUUUACUUUUUAUAUUUCAUAAUGUCUCGGUUUCUAUAAUGUCUCAAUUUGGUUGCAUCUUCAUUCUUAAUGGAAACAAAGCAUGAAAUUUCCCAAGUCCUUUGACCACUGGCUGCUGCUGAAGCAGGGACUAUUAUGCUCCCAACACUGGUGCUGCUUGUCAUACAAAUACCUAUGUGUUUGAUGAA